GGCCUCCUUCCCACGCACGCCGAACUGUCAGCAGUUCAGUUGCUCGGCUUGACAGAGGAGACACCGCUGCGGAGUUUCAAGAGCCAUGGAGUCUACAGGAGAGCCUCAGUUUGUGGGGAAGAAGGAUGAACUUAUUAAAGCAAAGCGUUCUUUCAGAACAAUAGAGGAUCGGGAUAUACUGAUCAUCUACCACCAGAACACCUUCUAUGCUAUGGACUCUUACUGCUAUCAUGCUGGGGCGCUGCUGCAGGAAGGAGACAUUGAGGAAAUCUCCGGCAAGCUGUGCAUAAUUUGUCCAAACCACAAGUACAAGAUCUCUCUUGCCGAAGGGGAGGGCUUAUACAAGGGCACCGACCCCAGUGAAAAUCCGCCUGUGCCCAGAUGGUACUCCAAGGGUCUGAAGCAGCGGGUCCACACGGUCACUGAGACCAAUGGGGAUGUCUAUGUCAAGCUCUCUGAUGAAAUGCGCUGGCUCGACUCAGACUUCUACCAGGGAGAGAAGGGCAAGGUGGAAAGGGCCAGAGCUGCAGAAGCUGAGAAGAAGAAAGACAAAAAGUAGUAUGAUGGAUGGAUGAGGAUGUCAUCGCUACGGUCCCCUCUUGUCUCCCCUGAUCUCCUCUAUGAUUGGAUGAUGACUCUAUAAAGAGGCUUUCAAUGCUCAUGCUCUACAUCAAAUAACCAGUAGGGCCUAGAUAGCCUUAAACUGGUCUUGUUUUUAAUGAGUUGGGGAGUGUUUAGAAUUUUAAAUUGCUUUAUUUGUGGCUUGCUGGUUGUUUACAUGAUAUUAAAAUGUUGUACUAAAAAAUCAGCUCAGAUGUUGCCAUGUUAGGUUGACAUGCACAUCUUAAAACAAUCAUGCAGUUAACUAAAUAAACGUUUUUUUUAUGAAUGAAUUUUGAUUUCUGAUUCUCUGCUCUCAAAAUGGUGUACCCUGCCUCUCGCCCAGUGGGGAUCAGUUCCAGCACCCCCCGCGACCCUGAAUUGGAUAAGCAGUUACAGAUAAUGGAGGUGCAAGGUACCCUGGGUGUGUUGGUUGGUGACGUUGUGGGAUGCCGUGUCAACUUUUGUCUAUAACAUGCAUUGUCUGCCUUCAGAAUACACUUGCGUUUUCACGGGAAAUUUACAGCUUGCAUACAGUCUCUUUCAAAAUAAAUGCAUCACAUUGGUACAA